CAAUCAAGAUUCAGCCCUCCCAAACAAGCCCUAAAACAAAGGCUUGACAGGCCAACCUCUGCUUCAAUUCUCUGGCACUGCCCAAGGGCCAAGGCAGCUCCAGUGAUUUGGCGGGAGAUUUCUUUGUCAGGGAAGAAGGGAAGGAACAACGUUAUCAGAAAGAAGAUCUUCAAACCAUCGGAAAAGCAGCCAUCAAAAAUGGCUGCACCUAGUGGGAGCGGCUCUUCUAAUCCUUCUCCUGCAGCUCCAAAAAUCCUCUUAGCCAAGCCCGGAUCCGUCCCCGCUGGCUCCACCGUCGCUAAAUUCAUCCGUGGCGGCACCGGAGGCGAUGAUGAAUCACUUGCCCUCCGUUCUCGUCUUCCGCCUCCCGGUUCUCUUAAUCUCCUUUCCGAUUCCUGGGAAUUCCACAUCGAUCGAAUUCUUCCUUUCAUGACUGAGAACACUGAUUUCACGGUCAUUGGAGUGAUCGGUCCUCCCGGCGUGGGGAAGUCGACGAUCUUGAAUGAGCUCUAUGGGUUUGAUGGAACGUCUCCUGGUAUGCUUCCACCUUUUGUAACAGAGUCAGAAGAAAUCAGAGCAAUGGCAAGGCACUGUACUACAGGAAUUGAACUAAGGAUUUCUGCUGAACGGCUUAUACUUCUUGAUACCCAGCCCAUUUUCAGUCCUUCUGUUUUAGCUGAAAUGACAAGGCCUGAUGGUUCAUCCACAAUUUCUGUAGUAAGUGGCGAGGUCCUGUCAGCUGACCUAGCUCAUGAAAUCAUGAGUAUUCAGCUUGGUGUUUUUCUCACAUCAAUUUGUCAUGUUCUGCUGGUGAUAUCAGAGGGAGUUCAUGAUAUUAAUAUGUGGCAUCUGAUGUUGACGGUUGACUUGUUGAAACAUGGAAUACCAGAUCCGUCUUCCUUGGCAUCUUCGUACUCCCAGGGCUCCAAUCUGGGCCCUGAAAAGGAAAACAAAGAGACCUGGCAGGAGGCUGGUGAAGAGUAUUUGGCCUUUCCUGUUUUUGUACAUACAAAAGUGCAAGAUCAACACCUUUCUCCUCCUAAUAUUGUGCGGUUGAGGAAGGCACUCUCACGAUAUUUUAAUCAAUCAUCAUUCAUGGGAACGAAAUAUGGAUACCAGAACAACAAGCAAGCUCAUUCUUUUGGGUGUCCUGAUAUGAUUGAUGACUCGGGUUCUACCGGGAUGGAUUUAAUUCUGAUCCCAUCAAAGUUUCAAGAUGAACAUCAGAGAUCUCAAUAUGAAAGUUAUACUUCCAUGUUGGGGAAACUCCGUGACCAGGUGUUGUCCAUGAAAUGUCAGCCCUUUGCAAAGAAUGUCUCUGAACGUGAGUGGUUAAGGAACUCUUCUAAGAUAUGGGAAAUAGUGAAGAAUUCGCAAGUCAUUGCUGAGUAUACUAGAACACUUCAGAAUUCAGGGAUGUUUAGGAGGUAGUCCCUAUCUACUAAUGCCAAAGGAAAUUAAAACUGGUCAUUCAUUGACAUGGAAAACAGAACUUUCAUUUUAGCAUUGCUUUAUGGGGUUGGAAACUUGACAGUAAAAGUGAUUAUUAGAAUAAUAUUACUUUUGUUGAUCUAGCUUAAGUGUGGGUACCUUUUCAGGCCAGGUAUUUUGGUUGGAUUAGAAUCUGGGUUUGAGUGAAUAAGAUUAGAAGCCCAUCAUUUGUUAGACAGAUGGRCAUUUUGCCCUAUGUAUAUUGGUAGAUGAACAUAUUCCAUUGGACAUGGUAUGUGGCUCUUUGGAGCUUCUACCCUUUUCCUUCCACCAUCCCAGUCRGAUCUUGAAGAUCCAUGGUUUCUUCGACAGUGCAACUAAAAUAAAUUGUCAGGACAGUUACAAAUGCAAUGUACUUGGUUUUAGUAGGUUUCCAUAGAGGUUUCAUUGUUUUCUCGUCCUUGGAUAUUGGAUUCAUCUCUUUCCAGGUUCUAAUGAAUACUCCCUCAUUGUCUGCUAACCAUUGUUUUCAAAACAAAUUGAAAGUUUGCUCUGUAUAAUGAGAAACUGGGCCUUGGUUUUCAA